GGGAGGGAGGAGCCGGUGAACUGGGUCACAUGGUUGCACUCGCUACUCGAAACAACCACUGCGAAACCAAUCCUCUAAACCACUGGCGCCUUCAACGCAGCUUUUUUCUUGUUCCACCGUAAAGUGCAGUAUGAUUUAUUUCUAGAUGUAGCUCAAAAACAGACGAGUCGUGUCGUUUCUUUCAACUGACAGAGGAAAUUCACCGCUGGCUUCGAGGACGAAAAACCUGCCCUUUUGGUGUCAUUGAAACUGGAUGUGUGAAAACUUGCUGCCUCGGUUUGAAAUGACAUUUUUCUUCCCAGUGUAAUUAUAUUUUCGCUAGUCCGUCUGUCACUGACAGCCCACCGCAGUAUUACGGUUUUUCGGGUUCUGGUGUAAAUGUUGUAGUUUAAAAGCCAAUUUCUCAGCCGGAAUUAAGCAGCGACUUUUCAGUUGCUGAACACUAAAAUAGAAAAACGGCUUCGGCAUCGAGGUAGCAGAGGAGGAGGAAACCCCCCAAACUCUCAUAAAAUGGAGUCAACCAAAGCUGGAGGUGUAAUAGCCUACAUCAGUUCCUCAAGUUCCAGCUCUAGCCCUGAGUCAUGUCACAGUGACUCCUCCAACAGCAGCUACCAGUCAUCAUCACCGCCUCGCGGAUCCUCGCCCAGCUGCCACCAGAAUGGUCAGCUUGCUGACCCCGCCCUCCCCACCGCCAGCCAAAACCUCCCAGGGACUCAGAAAAGUGGACGCUCUUCCUCCACUGCAAAAUGCGGCAUCACAAAGAUCAAUGGCCUGGUGCUACUUUGUAAGGUCUGCGGAGACGUUGCCUCUGGGUUCCACUAUGGCGUCCAUGCCUGUGAAGGCUGUAAGGGCUUCUUCAGGCGGAGCAUCCAGCAGAACAUCCAGUAUAAGAAGUGCCUUAAGAAUGAGAGUUGCCCCAUCAUGAGGAUCAACAGGAACCGCUGCCAGCAGUGCCGCUUCAAGAAAUGCCUGAUGGUGGGCAUGUCAAGAGACUCUGUGCGUUUUGGCCGCAUUCCCAAGCGGGAGAAACAGCGCAUGCUGCUGGAGAUGCAGAGUGCUAUGAACAACAUGAUGAACAACAACCAGCUGCACAGCAGCCAGACGCUACCUAUUGGCAAACCGCUGCCAACCAUUGCCACGAAACCUACCUCUGAGGACUCUGGCCCCACCCCCUCCUGCUCACCAUCCAGCCAAUCGGACUCCAGCUCUGACCCUGAACCCACCGUCGCCAUGGACACCAGCUCCAGCUCAGCCUCGCCCAGUGCUUCAGACAGUGGGGAGGAGGAGGUGAUCGGCUCAGUGACCAGGGCCCACCAGGAGACAUUCAUGUACAACCAGGAGCAGAGCAGCCUGGCGGCUAAUGCCCCGCCCAUCACAGGAUCCCUGAACAGUGGCUCUGCCCAAAACACCAAAACCCACAGGAUAGAGGAGGGGCAGGAUGCCUGGAACCACCACAACAACCUGGUUACCAUGGCAGUACAGGACCCCCCAACAAGCCUGGGACCCCAUGGUCAGGAGAACAUCACAGCCAACCACUGCCCCUUCAGACUGUCCAGAAGUGCUGCCACCAGCCACUGUCCAACCUACAACCAUGGAGCUGUCCGAGCUCCAUCCACCGAGGGCCACAAUGGAGCCUACAGCAUGCCUCUGUGGAGAAGAGGCAACAGAAUGCAUUUGGUUUGUCCGAUGAACACGUCUGCUCAUGUGGACCCUCAUAAGUCUGGCCAUGAGGUAUGGGAAGAGUUCUCUCAAAGCUUCACCCCUGCUGUCAGGGAGGUGGUGGAGUUUGCCAAGAAGAUCCCAGGCUUCAGAGACCUGUCCCAGCCCGACCAGGUCAGCCUGCUGAAGGCUGGAACCUUCGAGGUGUUGGUGGUUCGCUUUGCUUCUCUGUUUGAUGUAAGAGACCGCACCAUCACCUUUUUGGGUGGGAAGAAAUACAGCGUUGACACUUUGAGAGCCAUGGGUGCUGGGGACCUCCUCAACUCCAUGUUUGACUUCAGCGAGAAGCUCACCAACCUGGGCCUCAGUGAGGAGGAGAUGAGUCUCUUCACUGCUGUGGUUCUGGUCUCUGCAGAUCGUUCAGGCAUCGAAAACGUAAACUCUGUUGAGGCCCUUCAGGAGACACUUAUCCGUGCCCUGCGAAGCCUCAUCACCAAAAACCACCCCAACGAGUCGGCCAUCUUCACCAAGUUGCUGCUCAAACUGCCCGACUUGCGCUCGCUCAACAACAUGCACUCUGAGCAGCUGCUGGCCUUCAAGGUCCAUUCCUGAAGUUUCCUAUUGUACUUGACACCCUGUCACAAACUAUACUAGCCUGUGACGGCGCCUGGAGGCGACAUGGACCAUCAGCUCUGCCUCACCAACCACACCUGCACCUCUAUUCUCCCAAGAGGCUUUGGGUUUUGUUCCUUCAGUCUUUAAAUUGAACAAGCCCACUCAUGACAUUUAAAGGGGGAAGAAGACCACAAAAUGUUCUUGUACUGUACUGUACUGUACUGUAGGGCGCGUCUGCCUGUGUGAUGGUAAAGCAUACAUACAGACACACUGAUUAAUGAAUAUGUGUUUUGUGUUCGUGUGUAGCAUACUGUAUGUUUGCAACUAUACAAAUGUUAGAAGCACUUUUCUGUAUAGUGUAGACUUGUAUUUUUGCAUUCAUAGUGCAAUAUGUGACUGCUUUUUGAUUUGAGCUAUAUAGUAAAGAGUCGACAAACUUGUGUAUAUUUUUCAAUGGCACACGGAGCUGCUGCUCUCAUGAUAAGUGUGGAGUUGUAAACGUAAAAACCCCUGGACACUGAAUGACUGACAGAAGAAGAAUGUGUACGUGAAGCUGCUGAGAGUCCCUGCUUUGCAGUUUGGUCACCACAGAAUGUUUAAUUUGAACAACUGGGGAAGCAAAAUAAGACCACAUCUUAUUUUGGAUUUUAAUACAGUCGUUUACGUGCUAUUCUGUGUUUCUGUCAGUAGUGGGUUAUUUUUCUAAAUUAUUUGGGCAUUGUGACAAAUCAAAUGUAUCAGUGUCAUUCUGUGGUUUGCUUUUCUGGACAUGGGUCAGUGGAAAUGAAAGCAAAUUCAGGACCUGUUAAAACAUCCUGCAGAUACAUUUUCCCUUUUCUUAUAUUUUUCUCCUGAAAGAAAGAGGAAAUUUGGUUCUGAGAUUUCUUCCUGCUCAGCAGUCGAUUCAGACACUCAUUGCUGUUGACCAACUUAAAGCAGAGAAAACAUCCAGCAACUCCCACAGAAAACCUGCUCUACAUCAUAUACAGGCUUUAGAGUGUAGUUAAAGCUGAGUAAGCAGGACUAUUCCAUGUAAAAUAUGAUUGUAAUAUCACUGAAGUGAUUGUAAUUUUUAGAAAUUAGCUGAGUGGAAGUGACUGCUGAGUUGCUGGUAUUGAUAUAUUUUUGCGAUGCCAUCUUUUUGUUCUCCAUCAGUGAAUUCAGAAUGUCUGGCCUUUGAAUAUCCAGAGCUUCUGUCAUUGUGUUAACAGUGCUGAUAUGUGAUUCUGUUCUCCUCUGUGAAAGGAUGCAGUAUGCAUAGAUUUCUAUAUAAUGACAUACAUACUAUCAUACAUACAUGACUGUAUAGAUGAAUAUAUCUGUAUAAAUAAAUUUUAUAAAUGCAA